AACCUUUUGCCUCUAUUACAUAAAAUAAAACAAAAAGUUGUCUAUAGUUAACCUAAUAAGUGUUUAAAAUUUUAUAAACAUUAAAAAAAUAUUUGACCUAAUUAAUAGUAAUAAAUAAUGGCCGGAACGUUAUUUCGUUCCUUGUUUAAUACUGCUUUAAGUCUUCAUAAACCCAAUGUUACGACUUUAAAAUCCAUACACACUGGAUCAGUAUAUUAUGCAGCUCGUAAGGGUACUCGAGCCAAGGCUCGUGCGAAGAAAGUCAAAGUUGAAAUCACUAAAAUUGGUUUUAUCCCCCAUAACCAAAGAGGCAAAAAUAAAAUAACAAAAGUUCAUGUGAACAAGCAUUUAGAUUAUUCAUUUAAAAUGGAAUCAAAAGAUGAUGUGUAUCCUAUGCGAUACUACCGCUGGUUGACAUAUACUGCUGAGGAUGCUAUAACGGCACAUAAGGAAACUCACGAUCCAACAAUGUAUAAUGCCCUUGAUUCACUUUUGUUUGCUCAAAUUGAAUUUAACAUGGAAGCUGUUAAAAAGAAUCGUUAUUUAGACAAUAUUAUACGUCUCACACUACUUCCCCAUUUCUUCCCACGUGAUGAGGAAAGAACCAUCCUUGCAUUUUGUAAGGGUCCUGAAUUGAUCAAACAAGUUACAGAGGCGGGAGCAACUACUGUUGGUAGUACAGAAUUAGUUAAGAAGAUUCAGGAGGGAGAAAUCAAACUAAGUGAUUAUGACUAUGUAAUAGCUCAUCCAAAUAUCUUAACGGAUUUAGUUCCAAUCCGUGGUUUGAUGAAGAGACGUUUCCCGAACGUGCGCUCCGGUACCCUGGACCCCAACAUCUGUGACCUAGUCAAGAAAUUUGCUGCCGGUGUCCAAUACAGAAUCGUUAAGGAUGACCAUCAACAAAACUUUGGUUCUGUGGAAGUUCCUGUCGGACGAUUGAAUAUGGAAACGAAGCAACUUAUAGAAAACAUUGAUGCUUUAUUGAAAGACUUACAAUCUAUACGACCGAAAAGAGAUGGACUUUUUAUUACAAGAUGCUAUCUAACAAGUCCUCCGUCACCUGAAAAGCUUAAGAUCGAUCCAUUUGUGUAUGUUGAUCGUACAUUAUCAAAGGAAGUUCAAGAGGAUAGUGACAAUGAAGAUGAAGAGGUUGCCGCAAAAGCUUAGAUUAUUUAUGUUUUUAUGUAGUAAUUAUAUUAGAAUAGCUGGUUAAUAAAAAAUAUAUAAUU